AUGCAGAGCGGUUUUCUGCUGGAAGACGAUUCUGAAAGCUCGGAUGAUGAAGGGGGCAAAGAACCACCAUUGAAGAAAAUCCUGACCGGCACCACACACCCAUUUCCAUCCCUCCAGCAACGAUCAUACACGCCGCAAGACGAUUCGAUACCUGUCGAGACAAUACGAACCGGCGAUCCAUCUUCAACACAAACGGUACCAUUCAUACCGCCACCGGACAGUCUCAACCUAUACGAUGGCUCUCAAGUUCCCGACCUGCUACCUUUCGACGACCUGGGAAUCUUGCAAAGCUCGAACCGGCGGACGUACACCAUCCGCACCUCCACAGGCAAAGCCGUGACCCUGCAGCAGCGUAAACCGAACACGAUUGACUCGUACGAGACAAUCAUAGCGGCGAGGACAAAGACUAAGGAGGGUCGGGCAAAACGAGGCUACUAUGGCGUCGACAUCAACGAGUUGAAGGAUGCUGCUGCCUUGGAGAUCUCGGAAGCUCGAUCUCGUCCCAGGGUUCCCGAAAACAUCGCCUCGGAGCCUCUUCCUUCAAUUGAGGGGACUCAGAUUGGGCACAAAAAACCUAAGAAAUCCCUUCUAUGGACCGAGAAGUACCGAGCACGGACAUUCAUGGACCUUUGCGGUGACGACAGCACGAAUCGGACAGUGUUGCGGUGGUUGAAGCGCUGGGAUCCUAUCGUGUUUCCUGGCGCUACGAAUAAGGCCCCAAUCGUGCGUAGGCCAGCUGCAAAAGACGCCGCCGUCGAGGAGAAACCACACCGGAAAAUCCUGAUGUUGACAGGCCCCCCUGGACUCGGCAAGACAACGUUAGCGCACGUCUGCGCAAGGCAGGCUGGGUACGAAGUCAUGGAGAUCAAUGCCAGUGACGACAGGAGUCGCGAUGUGGUGAAGAACCGCAUCAGGACAAGCCUAGGCACUGAAAGUGUUCGAACAGUCGCCAACAGAAAGACCGGUAGCGAUGGACAGCAGGCCAAAGUCGCCCGCCCAGCUUGCGUCAUCGUCGAUGAGGUGGACGGAGCGGUGAGCGGAUCUGGAGCCUCGGGGGAGGGUGGUUUUGUCAAGGCACUGAUCGACCUCGUGCUCCUCGAUCAGAAGAAUUCGGGGGCUGCGGGCAGUACAAGCCACAAAAAGAAGAAGGGAGACGACUUCCGGUUGAUGCGGCCCCUCAUCUUGAUUUGUAACGAUGUGUAUCACCCCUCUCUUCGGCCCCUUCGACAAUCCGGUCUUGCAGAGGUCAUACAUGUCGGCAAGCCUACAAUUGAGUCGGUCGCUACGCGGCUCAAGUCUGUAUUCGACAAAGAGGGUGUUCCUUGCGACAAGGACGCCGCGAGGAAGAUCUGCGAGGCCGCAUGGGGCAUGGCAACUGGCAAUGAUGCAAAGCGAGGCGCCCAGAGUGGUGCCGAGGGUGACUUGCGAGGUGUCAUGGUUGUAGGUGAAUGGGUUGCAGGACGUUAUAGAGCUGCCGCAACAGAGAGCACCCCACGACUGACGCGGCAAUGGCUCGACAAGCACGUCGUGCAAGAGCUCUCCAACGGAGCAGGCGGAGCCCGCGGCACGGGAAGAGGCAGCGCGAAAGACAUUGUCGCACGGGUCUUCCAGGAAGGCGGUGGUUUUCCCAAGGCCGCUCUCGAUACCUCGAAAACUGCAACAAACCAGCACGAACAACCCAAGGCGCAGCUCGGUUUUGCCGAGUAUCAGAAGAAGCACUCCAUGGAACGCCUUCAGCAAAUGGUCAACACGAGCGGAGAAAUUGACAAGAUCGUCACAGACAUCAUGCUGGAGUACCCCAACCGGGAGUUCAACGACGACUCCUUCCUCUCGAAACCUAAUGAGGCCUACGACUGGCUGCAGUUCCACGACGCAUGUUCUUCGCGUCUCUUCGCGAGCCAGGACUGGGAGCUUGCGCCGUACCUUGGCCUGCCAGUCCUCGCCUGUCACAGCCUGUUCGCUUCGCCCAAACGACACGUCGUCGCCAUGGGCUACGACAAGAAAUGGGGCGGGGCGGCCGACGACGACGCGGCGACAGUGCCCUACUCCGGCCCCAGGGCAGAUUUUGAAGCUUACCAGGCCGAGAAGGAAAACCGUGCCAUGCUCCAAGCGAUCCAGGCGCAGCUCAGCCCAACGCUGAUGCGGUCUUUCCGCAGCCCCGAGGACGUUGCCGCCGAGUUUCUCCCAUACCUUGUUCGGCUCGUUUCCCCAGACGUCAAGCCCGUCGUCGUGGGCGGCGGUGGAGACCAGAAGGGCAUUGCGAGCGUGCGCAAGGAUGCGGAGAAGGCCAUGGUCAAGCGCGCUGCGGAGAUCAUGGUGGACGUCGGCAUCACUCUACAAAGGGGCAAGAUUGAGACCGAUUCUGCCUUUAACCGGACGCCGCAAUGGGUCUAUCGACUCGAGCCGGAUCUCGAUGCCUUGGCCGUCUACGAGACAGCCACCUCCGUCCUGUCCGUGCAGGCGCCUACGCGAUAUGCCGUCCGUCAGGUCCUCGACCAGGAGCUGCAGGCCAGCAUUGUCCGCCGCGAGAACGAGGCGCGCCAGGCUCGCUUCCAGGGCGGAAACCCUCUUGGUCACGACGUGCCCUCGACCCGUGUGGAGAAGGAGGCUAUCGAACAGAAGCGCCUCAAGGUCCUGGCGCUCGCAGACCGGGUCAGGAAGGACUUUUUCGGGCGCGUCAUUGAGGAGAAGCCGCUGCAGGAGGGAGAGGGAGAGGGGCAUGGUGCUGGCAGGGCGGCGCAGGAUCAGCCGUUGAGGGUUUGGGUGUCGUACAACGAAGGACUGAAUAAUGCUGUGAGGAAGCCGAUUUCUUUGCAGGAGCUGAUGAGGGGGAUGUAG